ACAACCACUGGAAAAGAUGGCGGAAAUGGAGAAGGAUGGUGAUCCUGCGACUGACAAAGAUGAUUUGCAGAUUUUAAAAGAACUAGUGGAUGAGUUGUAUCAUUUUCGGGAUCAUUACUUUGAGACUCACAGUGUGGAGGAUGCAGAGAGGAAACCGAGUGAUGUGGCACAGGAGAUGGAGAAGACACUAAAGAAGCUGGAGGAGAAAGAAGAGUCGUAUAAGCACAGUGCUGAGUUCCUGCUGCUGCGCGGCCGCUCCCUGGGGGUGGCUCCGGAGUUUAGCACCACCGCCGAGGAGUGCCUGUCCCGGGCCGUGAAGCUGGAGCCUGGACUGGUGGAGGGCUGGAACACACUGGGGGAGCAGUACUGGAAGAAAGGAGACCUGACCACCGCCAAGACCUGCUUCACUGGAGCCCUGCAGCAGAGUAAGAACAAGGUGUCUCUGCGUAGUCUGUCCAUGGUGCUGAGGCAGCUGCCAGGAGGGGGCGGUGAUGAGCAGGGGAAGAGGGUGCUGGAGAGUGUGGACAUGGCCAGGCAGGCUGUCCAGCUGGACAUCACCGACGGCACCUCCUGGUACAUCCUGGGGAAUGCCUACAUCUCCCUGUUCUUCACCUGCAGACAGAAUCCACAGAUGUCUCAGCAGGCUCUGAGUGCCUAUGCACAGGCUGAGAAAGUGGACCCAACAGCAACCUCCAACCCCGAUCUGCACUUCAAUAGAGCCACGCUGUUUCAGUAUGAGGAGAUGUUUGGGUCUGCGCUGGGGGGGUACAGUCGGGCUGCGGCCCUGGACCCUGUGUGGGAGGAGCCUCCAGAGCGGGAGAGGCAGCUGCUGGAAUACCUGGAGAAACUCACAGCACUCACAGAGAACAAGGGGAAGGUGAAGGCCCGGCGGCUGCGGACGAUGCUCUCCAACCUCAGCACGUUGGCCUUGGGGCCAUGCUCCUCCCCUCAGUUCCGCUCCCCCGCAGGCCGCGUUGGGAGCCUGGAGCCCUGGACCCUGUCUGCCCUGACACACGGCCACAACGCUGGGGUGGCUGCCCUGGGAAAGGUGGUGUUCAGCCUGGCCUCAGAGGGACGCGUGGCCUUUACGUUUGGCAUGGUGGACAGUGAGGAAACGUGCUGCGUGGUCAUGGUCUAUAACACAGCAGACAGCUGGGGAGUUCUGAUUGGAGACUCUGUGGUCAUCCCAGAGCCCCAGGUCAAACGCCACAGUGUAGCACACAACGGCCAGACGUUUGACUUCCGCAGUAUACGAGUGGACUCCCCUCUGCUCCUCAUCGUCAACGGCAAGAGACAGAACGUCCAGGCUCAGACUGCAGCCUCAGUCAGCUACAAGCCCCAGAGCGAAUGAGAGGAGGAGUGCAGGGGGGGUGAUAGAGGGAGGGGAUCAGACAGACCGGGGUGCCAGGAAGGAGUGUGAAGAGCCUGUGUGCCUGUUUUUUUUCAUGUCUUCGUUUUGUAAAUAGUAGAUCCUUGUUAUGUUAAAUAGUCUUGAGGAAUACACUGUGUGUAUUUUGUUAAAGUGGGAGGGAGGCUGGGGGAUUUUGUAAAUUACUGACUAAUAUGAUUUAUGGGUUUGACUUAUGGA